ACAUGAGGAUAAGAGGGAGUAGUAGCGUAGCAGGCUGAGAUCCGAGCGUGGAUACUUCGAUAAGUCUGCCGCCACGGCUGUCUACUCCUUUCUGUGAGACCUUCCUGUCACUUUCGUACCUCCAGUGUGCCUCAUCCUAGCAUCUUUGGAUGGGAAAAGGAGCAAUCAGCAAUAUUGUUAUCGAUCACUCCACAAGACCUUCCUUGCCCCUACCCCUGACCGUGGGAAUCUCAGGCUCGACAGCGGAAUCCGCCCCCAAUUCUUUGAGCUUCUCUGGGGUAACCUGGUCAAUGGCAGGCUUGACUGUUUGCAGCCAUUGUGUCCAUGCCGCUCUUUCAGUCCGAACGUGUCGCUGUCAUAGGGGGAGGUUGCACGGGAAUCACCUCGUUCUGGGCCCUGCAGAACUCCGUCCACGAUGUCCAUCUGUUCGAAGCCUCAGCCGAUCUCGGUGGGCGUGUCAAGACUCUGCCGUUUGAGCACAAUGGCAACCAAGUCGACGUGAACACAGAGUCGCCCACAUUCAAUGCUGAGGCUUCUCCCAAUCUGGUUUCAUUGCUACGCUACCUUGGGAUCACCACCUCUCAGGCGCAACUCUGCUUUGGAGCCACGGAGGGGACCUGCAAUUUUCAGUGGUGCGGCAGCGUGCUGAAGAGCAUUUUACUCCGCCCAUGGGCUCUAUGCAGCCUGGAGACCUAUCGAAUACUGUCAGAUAUUAUUUGGCUAAGAUACCUCGCAGUGGAUGUGCUGAGUACCAAACUCGGCGCCUGUAAAACCAAGAAUGUUCUGCAGUCCCUGUCUGCACAUGACUAUCUCUCAGGGGAGGGAUAUUCGAAUAACUUCCGGAACAAAUACCUUGCUCCAAUGCUUUCCAUGCUAUGGAGCACAAAUGCAGGGAAGUUUCUCCCUCAACUCCCUGUCAGAGCCCUUGUCCAGUGUCUGUGUGAUCACCAGCUGCUUAAACCUCGUCAAGUGCCGCCCGAUUGGCGUUGCAUUAAACCAGGCACAAGCCAGCUCGUCCAUACCAUGAGUCAGCAUUUUCCUGCCUCAAAGGUACACCUCAAGUCUCGAGUUGUGGAGGUGAUACGCCAUGGGAAGAAUCAAUAUGGUGUCCUGACAUCUGACGGCCAAGAGAUGUUCUUCAACCACAUCAUCUUCGCUGUGAACGGCCCCGAGACUAUCAAAAUCCUUGGAUCGCACGCAAGUUUGCAAGAAAAGGAUAUCAUCCAGGGCCUGGGAUCGACCCGGAACAUCUCUGUUCUACAUUCGGACCCUCUCCUCAUGCCCGAGAUCGAUACCCCAGGGCCUUCGUGCAACUACAUACUAGCUUCCGAUGACCACCACCGGUUCUCACAAUCGAUCAAGGACCCGACAGCUCACAUCUCCAGUCUCAGCUAUAUCGCAAACUCCCUCGAAAGCAUCCCAGAAUACCUCUUCGGUCCGGUAUACAUCACCCUGAACCCGUUCACCCCGCCCCACCCCAGCCACGUGCAGGGUGUAUGGGAAUUCGCCGAUCCAGAGCCCAGUGCCAACACGCUGGUCGCGCAAAGCCGUCUGCCUUCAAUCCAGAACAAACGGGGUCUCAGCUAUGCAUUCUGCUGGACGGGUCGUGGACACCUCGAAGAUGCCGUGACCGCUGGCCUGAGGCUCGCCAUAGACCACUUAGGUGCGAAGGUCCCGUUCGAAGUGCAGUACCAUCAAGAUCCCCUAGACGCAGCAAGUUCCUUGCCUCCGCGAAUCGGCUUGAAGGAUAAUCUGGUUCGGACCAUCCUCCGUCUGAUCAGCGUUUAUCUUCUCAUCUUCGAGCUCGUUCUGGUUGGGCUGAGAGCUCUGCGAAAUCCAGCUUCAAGGAGAAACUCUCGUCGUAUAGAAGAAGAAGAAAAAACAGAGACUGCGUCCGGAGCAACCGAGACUCGUUAAAGAGACUACAUCUAGAUUUAACGGAUGCAGCUUUCAACAGACAUCCUAUAUCAAGAAGCCUCUCGAUGGCCAAGAUACUAUAUAUAACAAGCGAACUUUCAAAUACUUAGUUGGCAUUAACGUAAAAAUAGCUCGUUCAU